AUGACGCUACUCGAGUUUCACGACAAUGUUUUUUCCAAGCGGGAAUAUGGUGAUGUCUACCUAUCCUCCCGAGGUACCAAAGGUUUAGUCGUGAGUGUUGUUUUCACGAGCCUAGCGACUGCCUUUGUCGUAAUCCGCAUCUAUACUCGACUUCGAUUCUUGCGAACUUUGGAAGGAAAUGACUGGAUGAUCAUCGUCGCAUUGAUUAAUUCCUUCGUUUUCAUGGGACUCGAUAUUGUUGAAGCUACUAGCGGAAUGGGAAUGCAUCUCAAGGACAUUCCGCCUGAUAUUUUCGAGAGGCAGAUGAAGGCAUUCUGGCUCACGAUCCCAUUUUACAAUGCCGCCGUCCUUUGCGCCAAAGCCUCGAUCCUAAUGCAAUAUUGGCGUGUAUUCCCUACGCAACGCAUGCGUGUCGUCUGUUGGAUCAUGAUCAUAAUCUUAGCAAGCUACGGCACUUGGGCCGUCGUCAGUGCAUUCCUGAACUGUGUUCCCGUCGCUAAGUUCUGGAAUGAUUCUAUCGACGGUUUCUGCUUGAACAAGCCUGGGCUGUGGUUCUCGAAUGCUAGUAUGCAUAUCACCACUGAUCUGGUUAUUCUCAUCAUUCCUAUUCCAGCUUUGAUAGCAAUCGACAUUCCCAGGAAGCAAAAGAUGGCUCUGAUUAUCAUAUUCGCUCUGGGUGGAUUCGUUUGCAUCACUAGUAUUGUUCGUCUGAUCAGCUUGAAACAGAUCUCUGACUCUACAGAUCCUACCUAUGACAACGUGGGCGCCGCUUCCUGGUCUGCUAUCGAAUGCAAUACAGGCAUCAUCUGCGCUUGUCUGCCAACCUUGAAGCCUCUCAUCUCCAAAUUGAUCCCAGGCUUGAUUUCAACUUUGAGCGGGAACCGCUACGGUACCGGCCAGUCAACCACUCGCCGAGGAACCUGGAAUGACGAAUCCACCAUUGGUGCGCCUGGUGAAGACCCCGAAUACGGUGCCGGGGAUCCUAAGCGCAUCCUCUCACUUGCUCCGAGCGGCGGCCUCAAAUAUGGAGGAGCGGCUGUGGCAAGAGACGAGAAGCUUCAUGUCAUGGACUCGGCUGCUGUUACGGAGCUUGCCGAGAUGAACAAUCACCGCACUCAGUCGAAUGAUUCCAUGCCUUCACUGAAAUAA